AUGCCCGAGAAGUCGAUGAUUCUGCGCCGCAGAGAAGCCAACCGUCUGGCCGCUCAGCGUUUUCGCAAUCGUAAGAAGGGCUAUCAGGACAGCCUCGAGGACCGCGUACGCACCCUGGAACUUGAGCGCGACGAGCUGCUCGAGCGGGUGGAGGUAGCAGAGGCGGCGACGGCGGGACGUGAUCCACACACUGUUUGGUCCACUCCUUCGGCAAAGCACCGCCGGUCAGGGACUGGGUCUUCUACGACAUUCCUUAGUCGCAAAGGUGGCAGUGGCACUCUUCCUCCCACUACAACGGAUGAGAGCCUGCGGUUGAGUGGUGUCGAAGCAGCCAACCGGCGUUUGCAAGACGAAAACAAAUGGCUGCAGGAGGAUAAUGCUCGGCUGCAGGACAUGCUGGACCGUUGGGUGGAGUGGAGCGGACGAGUGAACCAGACUCGGUCAAGGAGCUACGAUGCGCCGUAUGAUCCUCCGUACGAUGAGAGUGGCUAUCACCAGCAUCCGGCUCCACCGCCGCGGUCGAGCCACGGACAGGUACCUCCACAGUACGGAGGACUUGAUCCGUAUCGGAGUCAUCCCCAGUGGUCCACCUCCCCCAACCUGCAGCACCACGACCUCCGGAGAUAA